AUGCCCCCAACGUCGACUGGCACAUUUCAACCACUCCGUCAUCGGAGUGGUACGAUGAGGGAGAGACUUCAUGCGUACACGAAGAGAACUUUGGGAGCUGGAGGUAGUUACAAUGAUGCGGUUGCCCUGCCGCCCGGUGAAUCUUGUGCUGCAUGGGUGGCUGUUCAUGCCGUUGAUUUCUACAAUGAUGUUAGCACAAUAUGGGCCGUCAUGUCCUCGGACCCAUACCUGAAUUCUUUUAGGCCAGGUGAAGGCUUUCCGUCUGGUGUGGAAUAUAGAUGGUCGGAUGGCCCCGGAGAAGCCCUAUCGGUAUCAGCGCCAGUAUAUAUUGAAAAAGUCCUAGGAUGGAUUGCUGAUCAAAUCAACGAUGAAACAAGAUUCCCUGAUGACGAUGAUGAAACUGAAGCAUUGCGCGUGUUUCAAACCCCUCAAUUUGCUGCACUUUGCGGUCAGAUAUUCAGAAGGCUAUUUCGGGUAUACGGGAUCAUCUAUUCUAGUUUCUUUGGGACUUUGGAGGCGCUAGAUAUGGCCCCCCAUUUGAACUCAUGUUUCAAGCAUUUUAUGUUCUUCUGUACUGAAUUUGGUCUCCUCCCUGAGCGCGAGGUGGAACCUCUUGAAGUUUUGGUCAAACCUAUUCGAAAAAAGUAUUAUGCAGCGAAACAAGGAGGGGUGACAUCGUCUAGCAGGUAG